AUGGCUUAUCAGGGAAUACUAUUUCUAUUGAAAUUCAACAACUAUCAAGCAACUUGGCGGGUGGCUUUGACGGCUUAUCUUAUAUCUCUCGAAAGUUUACCGAUGUUUGGUACCAACCAUACAAAUGCCGAAAUGGUACUAGGAAGCUUUCCUACACAGACGGCCAGCAAAAACAACGGCUUUCCAGAAUCGGCCAUGUUGGAUUUCGCCCGCAACCAAAUUACAACGCCGAACAACUUUGAAGACGUUAAACUUUCGAUAAAUCCGUCAUACUAG